AUGCGAAAGUCGACGCGCUGGGAGAUGAUGCCAGAAAAGGCUGGGAAUGUUAACGAAUCUCCUGGUGCUUGUCGGAGUUGUCAAGACCUGGUGAAGGCGGUGAGUUUGGCGGGCAGCAAGCAAUGUGCGGGAGGGUUAUCGAAGGCGGAGGAGGCGAAACCACUGUUAUCGCAUCUGCUUACUCUACCGGUCAUACAGAGAGUGAAAUCUGCGUCGGUCACGGUAGACGAGAAACUCGUGUCGUCAAUCGGUCGCGGCUUGCUUGUUCUUGCUGGUGUAGGCAAGGAGGAUACCGAAAAGGACGCAGACACUCUCAUUCAGCGGAUAUUGAAGGCCAAAUUAUGGCCUGCGGAAGAAGGCGGCCAAUGGAAAAGGAACGUACAGGACAUUGAGGGAGAGGUGCUCUGUGUAUCACAAUUUACGCUCUACGGUCAAUUGAAGAAAGGCAGCAAACCAGACUUUCACGAUGCAGCCGACGCGGAGACAGCACGGAAACUAUACGAUUACUUCUUCCGCCGGCUGGGCGAAGCGUACAAACCCGACCGGGUCAAGAACGGUGUCUUCCAGGCCAUGAUGGAUGUCGAACUGAAGAAUGAUGGGCCGGUGGGUGUAGAUUACCGCAGUGAGGAUGCGGCGGUCACAAUCGAGAUCAACACCAAACUGGCGAAGGAGAAAAAACCCGCGGAGGGACAGAAUAAGCCGCAGGGUGAACGGAAAGAUGGAGAGACGCAAACCAUUGAGUUUGAACUACCAGCAUCACUGCUGGAAUAA